AUGUCUGUUUGUUUAGCCAUCACAAAAGGUAUCGCAGUUUCUUCUAUAGGCCUCUACUCUGGUCUUUUGGCUUCCGCUUCAUUGAUUACAUCUACUACUCCACUAGAGGUUUUAACAGGAUCCCUUACUCCCACUUUAACCACUUUGAAAAAUGCGGCCACCGCCUUGGGAGCGUUUGCGUCAACUUUCUUUUGUGUGAGCUUUUUCGGCGCUCCUCCCUCAUUGAGACACCCCUACUUACUCUAUGGUAUGCUUGUAGCUCCAUUAUCUUCAUUUGUUCUAGGAUGUGCCUCCAACUAUCAGUCUAGAAAGUACAGUAAAGUCUCUAAGGAAUCUUCUUUAUUUCCCGAAGACAGCAAACUCGCUGCUUCCGAACUGAGCGAUUCUAUUAUUGAUUUAGGUGAAGACAACCAUGCUUCAGAAAAUACACCUCGAGACGGGAAGCCUGCAGCAACCACAGUAUCAAAGCCGGCAGAGGCAUUGCACACCGGUCCCCCAAUCCAUACUAAAAAUCUAAUUGCAGCAACUGCUAUUGCUAUUGUUGGCUUUGUACAAGCCGUUAUUGGCGUUUAUGGGGAAGGACAAUUUAUCUAG